CGUUUCGGUCCUCGCCUCCUAUCAAGACUUCUUUUCUUCUUCCAUCUCCUUGUUAUCUAAUCUAUCCAUCAAUAAACUUCUUACAAAACUUACACAUUCCUUUAUCCCGUCGCCCUAGCUCAGGUAUAAUAGAGGGUAUAAUAGCAGCCAUGGGUUCGAGGCGGAAACGCCAGACUUCAACUUGUCACUCCGCUGGCAGAGUGACAGCUCAACUGCUCUUGUCGUUCCUCGCAAUAUCCGCCUCUCCAACGGCUGCUAGCCUCCAGAACCAAGAGGCGACAUUUCCAGACACGCCGUUACUUACACCUUUAAUACCAGAACCGCCUCAACCGGCCGAACAUACCUUCACACUACGUCACAUAUUCCAUCACGGGACAUACCGCCACCCUGGGCUUCAUCGAAGGAAAGACAUCCUUGAGCCAGAGGCUGAGGUAUGGUUGGCCGGUGAAGAUGGGCAUGCUGCGGAGCGGAUAAUGCCUUUGAAGGCAAAGAGUCAACCUAGGAAGAUUGAACGUUUAGUUGAUCGACGGCCGAGCAUUGUAGAUCCCUUGGUCGCUGAGGCCCGCCAACGCGGUUAUGUCAUCGCGAGCAGCCCAUCCGCGUGGGCUGUCGACGACGUCUUAGGCCCCGACGUCACCGAUAAAGAGACCGUUUUGACCAUGGCCUUGGUCGCGUCCGAUGCGUAUGUGGAGAAACCCGGCAUGCCGGACUGGGAGGAAGUUGGAUUGCCGUUCAAUAGGAGUGCGGAUUUUGGCUGGGAAAGCGAUGGACUCAGGGGGCAUAUAUGGGGCGACGAAAAUAAUUCCACCAUCAUUAUUGGUCUCAAGGGGACGUCCCCAGCUGUUUUUGAUGGAGAGGGCACGACCACCAAUGACAAGAUCAACGAUAACCUCUUCUUCAGCUGCUGCUGUGCUCAGCAAGGCCAAUGGUCGUGGCACCAAGUCUGCGACUGUGCAACUAGCACUUACAGCUGCAACAACACGUGCGUAAAGACCGCUUUACGUGACGAAAAUCGAUACUACCAGGCAGUAAGGGAGUUGUACGCGAACGUUACGGAAAUUUAUCCGGAAUCAGAUGUCUGGGUUGCUGGACAUUCGCUGGGUGGAGCAGUUAGUUCUCUACUCGGUUUGACAUACGGGCUUCCUGUUGUAACCUUCGAGGCCGUCCCCGAGGCAUUGGCAGCCGGAAGAUUGGGUCUUCCUGUUCCACCACACGCAGACCCUAACUUCCCUCAGACGCGGCAGUACACUGGAACGUACCACUUUGGACAUACGGCCGAUCCUAUUUACAUAGGAACGUGCAAUGGCGCAACCGCCUCGUGUUCGUUUGCGGGAUAUGCGAUGGAGUCGGCAUGCCAUACCGGCUACGAGUGCACUUACGACACGGUUGCCGACCAUGGCUGGCGAGUAGGUAUCGGAACUCACAAGAUACGAUCUGUGAUCAACGAUGUCAUCCGAAAGUACGACGACGUUCCGGAGUGCAAGCUUACCCCAGACUGCAGAGACUGCGCGAACUGGAAAAUGUACGAGAGCAACAGUACGGAUGGGACAACAACUUCGAGUAGCUCCACCACGACUAAGACGCGCACUCGGACGGCUACCUGCCAAACCCCCGGAUGGUGGGGUUGUCUUGACGAAACUACAACGACAGGAACUCCUAGCGUUACUACUACAAGCAGCUCGACUUCGACCUGCAAGACCCCCGGAUGGUUCGGUUGCAAAGACGAGGUUACUACUACUACUACUACUACUACCACCACGAGUACCAUAUCUACCCCUACCUCUGUCAUCACAACCUCGUCUACCACCUGUUUAACGCCAGGCUGGUUCGGAUGUAAAGACAAGACAACCUCAACCGUCAGUACCACCACCACAACCUCCCCGGCCCAUGUAAUCACCUCGCCCCCGCCAACUCCCACGUCCGCCGCCCCUCAGCCGGAACCCACGACAUCCCACUGCGUCCAGAGGAAUUGGCUCGGCAUGUGCAAGGAAUGGGAGAAGUGCGCAAAAGACGCCACCACCGGCGCCGUCGUGUGCGAGGAGUGGGUAAACGACGAGAUAUAGAGGUGUGUGUAUGUGCAUACCUACCUAAUGUAAGUUUAGGCUUUCGCAGCCUACGUUGUGUUUUGAGUAGCAGCAUAGAUCGAUCGAAUUGCUUCAUUGUUUAUUCAGUUGGACUAGAUCGGGAUAACAUCGCUCAGGAGCUUGUCGGCGCUUGCUGGUUUACUUGGAUCGCAUUGUUCGAGUAUUUCUUUUUCCCUCUCUCUUUUUUUUUUUUUUUUUUUUUUUUUUUUUUUUUUUUUUUUUUUUUUUUUUUUUUU